AUGUCCACGACUAAUUACACAUCCCUCCCAAGCGGCCUAGUCUCCGACGUGGCGUCGCCCGAUUGGCUAAACAAGGGCGACAACGCAUGGCAGAUGACCUCGGCCGCGAUGGUGGGCCUCCAGAGCGUCCCGGGCCUCGUGAUCCUGUACGGGAGCAUGGUCAAGAAGAAGUGGGCCGUGAACUCGGCGUUCAUGGCCCUGUACGCCUUCGCGGCCGUGCUCCUCUGCUGGGUCCUCUGGGCCUACGAGAUGUCGUUCGGGACCAAAAAGGUCCCUUUUUUGGGGAAGCCGGACGCGAAGGGCACGGCCGAGAGUUAUCUCCUGAGCCGGAACGAGCUCGGGGGGUUCAUUCCGACCGCGGACUAUGUUUUCUAUCAAUUUGCGUUUGCGGCCAUCACGGUGAUACUUCUUGGAGGGUCGUUGCUUGGGAGGAUGAAUUUCUAUGCGUGGAUGAUGUUCGUGCCGCUGUGGACGACGCUAUCGUAUGCCGUGGGUGCGCACACGAUUUGGGGGAAGGGAUUCUUGACGGGUAGGAUUAUUGACUAUGCUGGGGGUUAUGUUAUUCAUCUGUCUUCAGGAGUGGCUGGUUUGACUGCGGCUUAUUGGGUGGGGCCAAGGCAUAGGGAGGACAGGCAGCAUUUCCCGCCUAACAACAUUAUAAACAUGCUUGGUGGCGCUGGGUUUCUGUGGAUGGGUUGGACCGGCUUCAACGGCGGAGCGCCGCUCGCAGCGAGCAAAAUCACUUCGCUGGCGGUGCUGAACACCCACGUCUGCACCGCCACGAGCAUCCUCGUGUGGCUGUCGCUCGACGUGGCCGUAUACCUCAAGAGCUCCGUCGUCGGAGCCGUGCAGGGGAUGAUGACCGGCCUUGUUUGCAUCACUCCCGCCGCCGGAAUUGUGGAUACAUGGGCCGCAAUUAUAAUGGGAAUCCUAUCGGGCCUAAUUCCUUGGUACACAAUGAUGGUUUUACACAAAAAAUCAGCCUUCCUCCAAAAAGUAGACGACACGCUCGGAGUUUUCCACACCCACGCAGUUGCGGGCCUGCUCGGUGGGCUUCUCUCCGGCCUUUUCGCUAAGCCCGAUCUCCUCGCUAUGUUCUACAAUCGAGAUCAUCCUGGCCCGGGCUUCUUGUACGGAGUAUUCAACCACAAAUUCAAUAACGGGCUUCGCCAAAUGGGCUUCCAAGUUCUAGGAGCCCUUUUUAUAACGGUUUGGAACGUGGUGGUAACAAGCUUGAUAUGUAUAGUGAUAAGUAGAAUCGUCCCUCUUCGAAUGGACGAAGACGGGCUCGAAAUUGGAGACGACGCGGCACACGGAGAGGAAGCGUACGCGCUAUGGGGUGAUGGGGAGAGACAACCUAUCCCUCUUCGAUUUCGUAUGACUCCUAAAAUGCCAUCAUUUUGUACACGGUCAGUUACAAAUCGUUAG